AUGUCAUCCAAAGGACCAACUCGAGAAGCCCUCAACAGGAUUAUCAACCAAGGCCAUGCUGGACUCUCACAGCGUGAACGCCGUGAGCGUCGUCCGUCUGAGAGAGCUUUAUAUCAAGCUGAGGAAGAACAAGUUCGAGAGGUUCGACGACAACCCAAAAGCAACUCAUCUCGCAAGAAAUCUGAUCUAGCGCGCGAUGAUGGAACACAGUUCACUACAGAGGACAUCAAUCUUUUCAGUGCGCCAGCUGUUGAUGGAUCUUUAAAGGCCCGGUUCAGCAAGAUCCCACCUCGUGAGAAGCGAUCAGAGAACUUCGGUCAUCGGACAGUUCACUUGAAGGGACUAGGAAGCAAAUACCGUGGUCUACUAGAGGACCACAACCGGCAAAGGCCAUCUCAUGGCUGGCAAGAAGAUGGACUCAGUAAGGAAUCGGGGUUCAUCAAUAAGACCACCACCAAUGCCCGACGCAGUCAGUUGCAAGCACCCGUCAAACGUGACCAGUGGCAGGUCCCUGUGAACAGUCCGAAAUCACCCUUGCAUCGACUGACAGCAGGCCGGGUCCAAGAACUUGUUGAGCUCCGACACGCGAGAUCAUCACUCAACAAUACCUUGGACGAGAAGGACAAUGGAGAUGAGGAUCAGAAUGCCUAUGACGAUGAAGCUCUUGCUGAUGGACACGAGAAUGACACUCAAGUCUUUGUAAGUCAUGACAAUGAAGCGGCCGAUGACGAUGAGGUCGAGUGCCUUUCUGACAAUAAGUAUUCUCUCAAACACAGUCGUUCAACAUCGUUAGAAGAGAGCGACGGCACGCGCUAUCAUAAGCGUGCCCGCCAUGACGAUCAGCCAUCCCCACAUCAAAGAGACCAACGACUUCCCCGCAAGGUUCGCGACAGCAAGGGCCGAGUUGCAGCCCAUGACUACGAGGAUGCGGUGCAAUAA